UUAAGAGGCGCGCACGCAUUCAGACUUCAGAGAGAAAGAGGGAGAGAGAUGGCAGGCGACGGCGGGAGCAGAGAGAAAAGAUGGAGUCUCGCCGGCGCAACGGCGCUGGUCACCGGCGGAAACAAAGGGAUUGGGCAUGCGAUCGUGGAGGAGCUUGUCGGGUUCGGAGCGCGGGUGCACACGUGCUCCGAGAACGCGGCGGGGCUGGAGGAGUGCCGUCGGCGGUGGGAGGAGUUGAAGGUCCCGGUCACUGUGUCUGUGUGCGACGUCUCCGUGCCAGCUGAGAGGGAUAAGCUCAUGGAGACGGUGAAGCAGACCUUCGACGGCAAGCUCGACAUACUAGUUAACAACGCGGGGCGGGCUAUUGCUAAGGCGGCGGUGGAGUGGACGGCGGAGGAGUACUCGCAUCUCAUGGCGACUAACCUAGACUCAUCCUUCCACCUCAGUCAGCUCGCUCACCCUCUACUGCUCAACGCCUCCAUCGCCGGAGGAGGCAGCAUCGUCAACAUCUCCUCCGCUGCAAGCUCACUUGGCUACCCCACCCUCGCAGUUUAUUGCAUCACAAAAGGAGGAAUUAACCAGCUUACCAGGAGCCUUGCUACCGAAUGGGCUCAGGACAAGAUUCGUGUGAACGCCGUCGCCCCUGGUGGGAUCAACACUGACAUGGCAAAAAGUAUGCUUCCGGAGGUCGUAGAGCAUGAGCUGUCCAGGACUCCAAUGCAUCGGCUCGGUGAGCCACUGGAGGUUGCGUCGACGGUCUUGUUCCUUUGCAUGCCAGCAGCUUCAUUUGUCACUGGCCAGAUCAUCUUCGUCGACGGCGGCCGAACUGUUUGCGCUUAAUAACUUGGAAAACCUUGACCAUCGAUAAUGCUGCGCAUUUCAAUAAGGUGGUAUGGUGGUGUGUACACGUUCGGAGCCUGUGGCGAAAUUAAGGUGUCUUUGCAUAACAUGAAUAGCGUGUUUGCAGGUUGGAACUAAAUCAUAUAGGCUCUAUUUAGCCAUACGAGAUUAUGUAUUUAGCUUUAUUUAUUCAGUGAGCGUGUGCUUUGUGGCAAAUAUUCAUACGGUGUUGGAUGUAGAUGUGCUAUAAUCCAUGUAGACACCUCAUAUAGCCUAAAAUUUCUGAAAUCUUAAAACUCAUCUAUAGUGAAAAUCAGCAUGUUUUUGGGUGGACA